AUGCCGGGCGUCGCAAGCGCCCGGCACGAACGGGGGCCCACCUUCUGUUCCCUACGAUCAUCCUCUGAGACCAUCUACCAAGCGCUUGAAUCCCCCCCGGUAUCAGCUUUAUUGCUAGCCAUUAGUAUGUCUUCAUCCGAGGACAACAGCAGCCCUCCCAUCAAGGGAUCCAAGAAGAGGAGACUGCCGCACGCCUGCGACAACUGUCGCAAGCGCAAAGUCAAGUGUGACAGUGCGCGCAUGAAUGGCCGGUGUACGAACUGCAUUAGUUUCGAUAUUCCUUGCGAACACACCAUUCCCUCUCGGCGUCGUGGUGUCCAAAAGGAAUAUGUGGAGGCUCUUGAAAGUCGUAUCAAACAGAUGGAAGAUAUGUUGACAAAGCAGGCGGUAAAGGCCUCUAAUGGCUCAGAGGCCUCGACAACAUCAUCCCCCUCGUCUGCCCUCGCGAGAGGACCAGAAGGAGCGUCAUCCUCAUCCCAUUCAUCACCGGACUAUGUCGAACGAGAAGACGAAUACGAGCGGAUGCAAGCCGAAGUCGUCAACAACAUGAAGACCUUGCGGAUCACUGACUGCUCUUCGCGUUACUUCGGACCAGCCAGCACGUUCCACCUUGUCAGCGCAGCGCUAUACGUGAAGGCCAAGAGCGACGAGAUCCAAGGCAACACAGUCCAGCAGAACAUGGUGUACGACCAGUAUCGCGAUAAUUACCGCGACCACAUUCAGACGUUGUCGUGGGACAUUAUGCCCUGGGAACAGUCCCUCGUUGCCGAUGAAGAGUACGAACCCCUCGAGUUUCCGGAGGAUGACCUCCUACAGCACUUGAUCGACGUUUACUUCGAGAUCCCGAAUAUGCUCAAUCCUAUUCUUCAUCGUCCGACCUUCGAAAAGGAGUUGAAAGAAGGGGUACACAAGACGGACUGGUACUUCGGCGCCGUUGUCCUGAUGGUGUGCGCGUCCGCCUCGAGAUAUACCAGCGAUCGUCGCGUGCUGCUACCUGGCAUCGAUGAUUGGCGAAGUGCUGGUUGGAAAUGGUUAACCCAAGUACCCCUGAUUCGGCGCAAGUCCCUUUUCAUGCUGCCGAGCGUGCACGAGUUGCAGUACUAUGGCAUCGUUCUGACUUGCGUAUUUGGGACGUCCGCGCCUCAGAGCGCAUGGCCCAUCCUCGGUAUCAGCAUUCGCUACUGUCAGGAGAUGGGUAUACACCGCAAGUCGGCCGACCCGCACUUCGUCAACAAUGAAAAUGAGCAUUGGAACAGAGCCUUCUGGUCGCUCGUUACUUCCGAUCGAAUCGUAAGCUCUUUUCUAGGAAGACAACCGUGCAUAUCCGCGGACGAUAUUGACGCAGAUCCUCCAGUGGAAUGCGACGAUGAGUAUUGGGAUACUGGGAAUCCGGCAACGGUCUUCAAGCAGCCGUCUCGUGUCCCAUCCAAGAUAUCGUUCUUUACGCACUACGUGAAGCUCACCGACAUUCUUUCUCAUGCGCUCGGCGCGCUGUACACAACGGCGAAGUCCCGUAUUCGAAUAGGGCACAUCGGUCCUGAUUGGGAACAACGGAUCGCGUCCGAGCUGGACUCCGAGUUGAAUCAGUGGCUGGAUGAUUUGCCUGAUCACUUGCGUUGGGACCCGAAGCGCGAGAACAGACUGUUCUUCAACCAGUCUUCGGUCUUAUUUGCCACGUAUUAUCAUGUUCAGCAUGUCAUCCACCGGCCCUUCAUCGGAAAGACUUCCCCUGUCACCUUCGCAUCCAUCGCCAUGUGUUGCAACGCUGCACGAGCGUGCUCUCGUAUCUACGCGGCGCAGAUCGAGCGAGGAGAUCCCAUUGUUACGUCAGAACUACUAGUCACUGCCUUCACCAGCGCCGUCUCCUGCUUGAUGAACAUCUGGGGUGGGCGCAAGAUGGGCAUGUCCAUCGACCAGAAGCGGGAGAUGGAAUAUGUACGCCACUGCUUGCGGUAUCUGGAGGUCGCGGAAGCCAAGUGGUAUCUUGCGGGGAAGUUCAGGGAGCAAAUUCAGAACCUCGCCAAUAUCCAGGAGGCGGGAGGCACACCGGACUACGUCUCCAAAAAGAGGCCGCGUGCUGAGUCCCCGCCUCCGGAAGCCAUGUCUUCCGGCGCAUCCUCCUCCGUUCAACCGACCACUAGUGACGGCGCUGGCCAGGAUGCCAAUUACUCGGGCCUCUGGGACGGCAGUGACCCCAACGCCAAUACGUACUGGAACGUCAACAACUUGCUGUUCCCUCAGACGGAUGCAGCCGACCCUACACAGCAGUCCAUGGGUCAUGAUCACGGUUUUGCCCAACAAAGACCCUUCGAUCCUUUCGUGUCGAUGCCCGACCCCCAACAGGCGCACGGCGGUGCUUCCCAGCACUUGCACGCACCGUCACUGGAGGGACUGACGGAGGCCGAUCUUGCAUCGCUGCCGGUUCCUAUGGACGAUGUCUUUGACAUGUGGCAGCAGUUACCCUCAUCCAUCGAUACGCGAACAUGGGACUCGUACAUAUCCAGCUUAGAACAGCCGAAGACCAACGCGCGCGGGUUCCCGGAGCAGGCGCUUUUUCUAGGACACUGAUUCUAUGAUCGUCAACUCUGUAAUCGCUACUUGUAUUUGUGUACUUCUUGGGUAGAAUGUUGCCUGAUGAAUUGGCGCUGGAUAGACAGUUCGGUG